AAAAAAAUAUAAAUAAAAAUAAAAGAAAAGGAAAAAGAAAAAGAAAAAGGAAGCCAAACAACGGCGGAAGUGUUCAAACACAGUGAAGCAAAAAAGGCAGAGAGAAGAGAAGAGAGAGGAGCGAAAUGGCUCAAGCAGCUCGGCAGAGACGAUCUCAGCCGUCGGAUGAGUCGGCAUCGUCGUCAUCGGCGGCGUACACGAAGGUCGACAAGCCGGGGCGACCGGACGGCGGAGAAGAGGGAGAGAAGGGGCUGAGAUGGCUGACGCCGUUGAUUGCCCUAGCUGUGUUGAGGUACAUGAGCGCCACAUCGAAUAUCAUCCACGACUGCGAUGAGGUUUUCAACUAUUGGGAGCCUCUCCACUUCCUCCUCUACAAAUCUGGUUUCCAAACUUGGGAAUAUAGCUCCCAGUUUGCCCUUCGGUCAUAUUUAUAUCUCCUUUUUCAUGAAUUAGUGGGUAAACCAGCUUCCUGGUUGUAUGGUGGGGAAAAGGUGAGAGUAUUUUAUGCUGUAAGGCUCUUUCUUGGUCUCAUCUCUGUCAUCACAGACACUGUUCUGGUGGUAGCCCUUUCUAGGAAGUAUGGACGCCGUCUUGCCGCUUACACACUUGCAAUGCUAUGCUUAACCAGUGGUUGCUUUUUUGCUAGCACAAGUUUUUUGCCUAGCUCGUUUUCUAUGUAUGCAGUCAGUCUCUCCUCAGGUCUAUUUCUUCUUGAGAAACCGGCAAUGGCAGUUUCUGUUGCUGUAGUUGGGGUUAUACUUGGCUGGCCAUUCUCAAUCUUGGUUUUUCUGCCAGUCACUUUCUAUGCUUUAGCAAGAAAAUUCAAACAAACAUUUCUUUCAGGGGCUAUCACUUCUCUCGCCCUCCUUGCACUCUCACUUCUUGUUGACUACCACUACUAUGGAAGAUGGACGUCAUCUGUUUUGAAUCUCUUGAUAUAUAAUGUCUUAGGUGGUGGCGAGAGCCAUUUGUAUGGGAUUGAAGGGCCACUAUAUUAUCUGAGGAAUGGAUUUAACAAUUUCAACUUCUGCUUUGUGCUUGCCUUACUGUUUCUGGGAAUUUUGCCCAUUGUGAGGAAGAAAUAUGUUCCAGACCUGCUAGUUGUCAUUUCACCUCUUUAUAUUUGGCUGGGAUUUAUGUCUUUACAACCACACAAAGAAGAAAGGUUCCUCUAUCCAAUAUAUCCACUUGUCUGUGUUGCUGCUUCAGCUGUCAUUGAGAGCUUUCCAGAUCUUUUUCGAGACCCAUACUAUCCCAAUGCUAACUAUUUGAUGGUUAUGAUAGCCAAAUGCCUAAGACCAGUGGUUCUUGGCCUUAUCUUAUGUGCCUCUCAUGCGCGUACAUUUUCAAUGCUCAAUGGUUAUUCUGCUCCUUUGGAGAUUUACAAGCAUUUUGAGCACCAUGAAGAUGUAGGAAGUGGUUCUGUAGUUUGUGUUGGGAGCGAAUGGCACCGGUUCCCAUCGUCAUUUUUCAUUCCUGAUUAUGUGGGUGAAGUUCGAUGGAUUGAUGAUGGGUUCCGAGGUCUCCUUCCAUUGCCAUUCAAUUCCACCUUGGGCGGAACUUCAGCAGCACCAUCUUAUUUUAACAACAAGAACAAGGCAUCAGAUGAGCAAUAUCUUCGCAAUCUUGAAGCUUGUACUUUCCUCGUAGAGCUUGAGCUUCAACGACCCUACCCUUCCCGUGGAAGUGACUUAUCAACUUGGGAGGCUGUUGCGGUGUUGCCUUAUCUGGACAGGGAGCUUUCACCUGCAACUUAUCGGUCUUUUUUCAUCCCAUAUCUCUGGGAGCGUAGGAAUGUUUUUGGCAAGUACAAACUGCUUAGAAGAAUACCUAAAUGAUACUAGUAGUUUUUCACCUAAUUGUUCUAAGUUUCUGAAUUUUUGUACCAUAACUGCUGAUUGAUAAGCUUAUAUCAACAUUAAUCCUAUUUUUGGUGUCUGAGAUUUGAACA